AUGAAGCUCACUGAGGUGCUCCUCCUGCUCUGUGCAGCGACCCAUUUCUGCAGCAGCUCUGCAGCACAUUCUUUUGUGUCUAACCAGGUGGACUGCAGCAUUUAUAAGAAGUACCCGGUGGUGGCCAUUCCUUGCCCUAUCACAUACCUGCCGGUUUGUGGUUCUGACUACAUCACCUACGGGAAUGAAUGUCACCUGUGUACUGAGACCUUGAAGAGCAAUGGAAGAGUUCAAUUUCUUCAUGAAGGAACAUGUUAAUUUCUCAAGAGGUGCUGGUAGAUAGCAAAAACAUAUUUGUCACUUACUCCAUUAUCCAUGGGCUCCGAAUGACUUCUCUUCAUCUUCAAUACGAUCUGAGUGGGAAUGAAGCCAUGUUCACAGUCAACUUUUCUGAGUGGAGGAGGCAGUUGUGCUCUCCCUACAAAUUCAGAUUGAUUUUUGUUAAACACUUCAAUAAACUUAUCUCCCUCAAAA